CGCUGGUGGUCAUUAAAUUAAACUCUGGUUAGUAUCCACCGAGCGAGCGCCUUUCCCAAUGGAGGAGCGUCUACAGCGGACCGGUUGCCUUCGGAAAUCUUUUGAGAGAACACAUCUUUUGAGAGAACACAUCUUUUGAGAGAACACAUCUUUUGAGAGAACACAUGUUUUACAUUGGACCUCCUCUCUCCUGAUGUAAGGAUCUACUUUUUGAAAGGACUAGUUUAACUUCCACCCCUUCGCAGCACCCGCGUUAUCGCACCGAUACCCCUCUGAUGUCCGCCCGGUAGCAGCCACAACCGCAGCUUCCCCAGACCCCCAUCGCGUGCCGCUUGCCAAUGCAAACUAAUCAUAAGUGGGGAGAAGCGCUCCGUGGGUCUCCCUCCUCCAUGGCCUCUUUUCCCUCCAUCCCAUCCCCCCUUCCCCUCCUCUCCCUCUUCUUCCUCCUCUCCAUCCCACCAGUGACUCUUAUCCAGCCCCAAUGGCCCCUGCAACGCGUCCCUGUGGUCUUACCCCAGGUGACAGAGGACCGCCCCGCCCCUCACUUCCAGGCUGACGCCCGAUUGGACGUCACCUCCCCAUGUGACCCAGAAUGCCACAAGAAGGCUCUUCCCCCCAGCUACUGGGACCUGCGUAGCAUCCUGUCAUACGAGACACUCCAUAGCAACGGUCGCCUCACCGAAACCGCCGUGGGGAUCUACGGGUACACCGCCCCCACCCAGACCACGCCGGCACUGCCUUCCCGACGCAAACGUCAGAUCUUUGGCCAUGACGGGCGUUUCAGCAUUGUAGGGCAAGACUUCCUGUUGAACUACCCAUUCUCGGCAGCGGUCAAGCUGUCCACCGGGUGUUCCGGAACACUGGUGGGCGACCGGCACGUUCUGACCGCCGCCCACUGCGUCCACGACGGGAAGAACUACGUGAAAGGGGCGCAAAAGCUCCGGGUGGGUUUCCUGAAGCCAAAGCAGCGUGACUCUCCCAAUCCGGCCUCUGCCACCAAUGCAUCCAACACCCAUCCAUCAUCCCCAGAUAAGAUGAAGUUCCAGUGGAUUCGUGCCAAGCGCACCCACGUGCCCAAAGGCUGGAUCAAGGGCAACGGCAACGACAUCGGAAUGGACUACGACUACGCCUUGUUAGAGCUCAAGAAGGCCCACAAACGACGCCACAUGAAGCUGGGCGUCUCCCCGCCGGCGAAGCAACUGCCCGGGCGCAGGGUCCAAUUCUCCGGCUAUGACAACGACCGGCCGGGACAGCUGGUCUACCGGUUCUGCCGGGCUGGAGAGGAGACGCCAGACCUGCUCUACCAGCACUGUGACGCCCAGCCCGGGGCCAGCGGCUCGGGGAUCUACGCUCGUAUGUGGGACCGGAGGAGGCGGCGCUGGGAGAGGAAGGUGAUCGGGGUGUUCUCAGGGCACCAGUGGGUGGAGCGAGACGGGGCGUCGCAAGAGUUUAACGUGGCGGUGAGGGUGACGCCUCUGAAAUACGCCCAGAUCUGCUACUGGAUCAAAGGAAACUAUGUAGACUGCCGAGAAGGAUGAGGAAGAGGUGGACAUGUCAUGCACAUACUGUACACACACACAGAGGAUUGAUGGAGGACAAAGGGGGUCUUCACUUCCCUUGCUGAGGAAGUUGACAAGUGGACACGUCAUUCAUACACAUGCAGAACACACUUCAUCAUGCAUUAAUACUGUUUCAUUACUAAUACAUACCAUCGUUCUGCAUGCAGAGACAUCCCUCCCAACACACAACUAGAACGACUCACAUUUACAUCCAGGAAGUCCUACUGUACAUACAUACAUCCUCACUAACCCUUUCCCAUCGCACAUUAAAUAAAAUGUAAAACAUGUAUUCGUGCCCUUCUUACUGCAUGAUCAACACUGUGCUUUGAAACACAACUGAAAGGUGUUAUGACUGAGCUUCAGAAGAUGGCUUUGACCAGGGACUCCCUGUACUUUAGAUGUCUUUGACCAGGGACUCCCUGGACCAGCGUGUUAUGACUGAGGUUCAGAAGAUGGCUUUGACCAGGGACUCCCUGUACUUUAGAUGGCUUUGACCAGGGACUCCCUGUACUUUAGAUGUCUUUGACCAGGGACUCCCUGUACUUUAGAUGUCUUUGACCAGGGACUCCCUGGACCAGCGUGUUAUGACUGAGGUUCAGAAGAUGGCUUUGACCAGGGACUCCCUGUACUUUAGAUGUCUUUGACCAGGGACUCCCUGUACUUUAGAUGUCUUUGACCAGGGACUCCCUGGACCAGCGUGUUAUGACUGAGCUUCAGAAGAUGGCUUUGACCAGGGACUCCCUGUACUUUAGAUGUCUUUGACCAGGGACUCCCUGGACCAGCGUGUUAUGAUGGUGAAGAGAACAUUUAAUGCACUGAAAGAAAGGAUGAAAUAGGAGGAACAAGAAGAUGUGUAAGAGAUUGGUGGAGAGAUGCAGUUUCACUGCUAAUUCUAUAGAUUGUCAGAGCUCUGUUGGGACAACUUUUUUUCUUCUGUUAUUGCCAAUGAAUGUAACCCUGUCAUCAACCAAAGGUGCUACCCUGCUCUUAAAAAAUGUAAACUCAAGGUAUAGACUGUCACAGUACAAACGGUUGGUGUUUCAAAUGGACCCAAGUAAAAUAUCCAUAGCUCCCCCUGCUGGGCCAAAUACAACACUACAGGCCACUUUGAUGACAGCAGAGUGUUGACUCUGGAACACUGACCCUCAACUACUCAUGAUAUGCACUUUGUCAAACCUUAUGGGUGAGCUAUUUUUCUGUUUCAAAAACAAUUGUGCAGCAAUAUAUAUAUAUAUCAACUUUAUAAUGCUUUGGAAUAAAAUGCAUAAUGUGG